GAACCGAACCACACCCAUACAUUUCACCGGGAGUCAUCUCUCGCACAUCUCUCCGCUUCGCAUCAAAAGGUUUAUGAAAUUCCGAUCACUCCAUCAAAUAGGGUUUACGGAUUACGCUCCCAUCAGUUCUUUCUUUCCCUCCUCAGCAAAUCUCUAAGCUAGUCCCAGUAAUCGAGGCAGCAGUAGCAAUGGGCGCGCAGAAGAAAGGCUCGAGCAGGGUUUCGGAGGACGCCGAGGAGCUGGCUCGGAAUCCACUUCAGGCCAUUCUCUUGGCCGAUAGCUUCACCACCAAGUUCCGUCCCAUCACCCUCGAGCGCCCUAAAGUGCUUCUGCCGUUGGUGAACGUUCCGAUGAUCGACUACACGCUCGCUUGGCUGGAAUCGGCUGGCGUCGAGGAAGUUUUCAUUUUCUGCUGUGCGCAUUCGAGGCAGGUCAUGGAUUACUUGGAGAGCUCGGGAUGGCACAAGCAGCCUAACUUCACCGUCGCCAUGAUCGAGUCGAACAAUUCGAUUAGCGCCGGUGAUGCUUUGAGGUUGAUAUACGAGCGCAAUGUGAUACAUGGUGACUUUGUCCUAGUCAGUGGGGAUACAGUGAGCAACAUGUCACUGACUCACGCGGUAAAAGAACACAAGGAGAGAAGAAAGAAGGACAAUAACGCAGUCAUGACCAUGGUCAUCAAGAAAUCAAAGCCUUCUCCAGUCAUCCACCAGUCGCGUCUAGGUACUGAUGAGCUGUUUAUGGCCAUUGAUCCUGAUACAAAGCAACUUCUCUGCUACGAGGAGAGAGGAGAGCACCCGAGAGGAGCUAUAUCUCUUGAAAAUUCGUUACUUGCUGAUAAUCCUUCUAUCUCGCUUCAUAAUGAUAAGCAGGCUAGUUCCUUCUACAUGCUUCGCUUUAGUUUUCUUUAUAUGCAAAUCUAUGGGAUUUCUAUUUUUAAUAUUGAUUGCUAUAUAGAUAUAUGCUCCCAAGAGGUGCUGAGUUUGUUUACGGACAAUUUUGACUAUCAACAUCUUCGUCGUCAUUUUGUGAAAGGCUUGCUGGUUGAUGAUAUAAUGGGGUACAAAAUAUUUACUCAUGAAAUUCACUCUAGCUAUGCGGCUAGGAUUGAUAACUAUAGAAGCUAUGACACAAUCAGUAAGGAUAUCAUUCAGAGGUGGACAUACCCGUUUGUGCCAGAUGUGAGAUUUUCUGCAAAUUGCACAACUAAACUUGAAAGAGAGGGGAUGUACAAGGCACCAGAAAUACAACAGUCACGGUCAGCUCAUAUUGGGCCAUUUACUGUUAUUGGAAAAGGGACCAGAAUUGGGGAUGAUUCAAGAAUUACUCAUUCUGUUAUUGGAGAAGGAUGUACUAUUGGAUCUAAUGUUUCAAUAGUGGGUUCAUACAUAUGGAACAAUGUUACCAUUGAGGAUGGUUGUGAGUUGAGACAUGCAAUAGUAUGUGACGGUGUGAUUAUAAAAGCGGCCGCGACUUUGGAACCUGGGGUUGUACUGUCCUUCAAGGUUGUAAUUGGAAGAGGAUUUGUUGUUCCUGCCUACUCGAAAGUGUCUCUGUUUCAGCAGCCAACUGCUCAGGAUAGUGAUGAAGAGUUGGAGUACGCUGAUAGCAGCAGUGGAACAAUAGAUCCAUCCAUUGCAGAUGCUGGUAACAAGUUGAAUGGGGAUAUAGUAUCUGAAUCAUCUCAAAUGCAAGAUUGGUCUACUUCGCAGCUUGGACCUGGUGGUGCUGGUUUUAUUUGGUCAGCUUGUGAUGGAGGUUGUGAGGAAGAGUGGAGGCACUCUGUUGCACCCAUUCCUACAGAUCAGCUUGCCAAGGCAUUGCUAGCCAUAGAGGAGGAUUUGGAGAUCGUAAAAGUUAGCGACAGUGCUCUUACACCUUCUGGAGAGCUGGAACCUGGGUCUGACGACGAUGACUCUGAUAAUAUGGAUGACUCCAAUGUUGACACUGUUGAUUUUGAGAAAGAGGCUGAAGCAACCUUUUUGAGGGCUGCCCAGGACAAUAUUGCAGUCGAUGAUUUGAUCCUUGAAAUGAACUCACUACGGUUAUCAUACAACAAGUCUGCUGGGGACUGUACCGGAGCCUUAUUUUAUCCAAUGAUGAAACUGGCUUUGGAAUCUCCGCACAACACAGCUGUUGAAUUGCAAAAGAACGUCGCUAGUGUUGUGAGCAAGUGGCACAAACUAUUUGAGGUUCUUGCUAAAGAAGUAGAUGACCAGAUUGAACUGAUAAUGAAAUUUGAAGAAAUGUGUCUCGAGUCUACCAAGGAGUUUGCUCCAAUUUUCUCCCAGAUUUUGUAUCUUCUAUAUGAAAGAGAGAUCAUAGGAGAGGAGGCCAUUUUGAGGUGGGACGACGAGCGAAAAGAUGCAGAUGAAUCUGACAGGGUUUUCGUGAAACAAUCAGAGAAGUUCAUUCAAUGGUUGAGGGAAGCGGAUGAGGAAGAAGACUGAAACCAGUCAGCAAGGGGAGGUGCUGAUUCGAUUUUUGAUACUCUGUCAAAAGCUGUAGGGAGGUGGAUAAGAAAUGAUAAGAUACAUACGAUUUUGACGCUGAUGUCUGGAAUUCAGUCGCCACCUUGUAACAUCAAUUUGUUGCGGCGGUUUUUUUGUGUACUAAUCCGCGAGUGUUCAUCUGAGCUGAGUUGCUAACUGCAGGUCACCUUGUGAGGUUUUUUUACUUCUUACCCAGUCCUUUGGUUUCAGUUGUUCCGCCAUUUUGCACUCACAUGUAUUAUGUAUAUGAUGCACGAUAGUGAUCGGAAGAAAUAAUGUCGUCUAUCGGCUGUUUGCUAAAUGCUGUGUGAAAUUUCCAGUCGUGUGUGUUUGUUCAUCUCUUCGAUUUUCCUACACCUCAUAUCUGCCAGGUGCAAGCUUGGACCAACCAGCUAUGGAGUAGUAGUAGAGAUGGUCAAAUUAGGAUUUUGUUGGUCCCUGGCACUUUAAGAAUGAGAUGUACGGUACUCUAUUUAAAUUCAAUCCAUUUGAUCUUGGAUUGGUGGAUUUAAAGAUUGAUCCAUGAAAUUCAAAUGGCAAAUUACAAUUUAGUAUAUAUACUUUUUAUAUUUUACAUUUUGGUACCUAAAAUUUAUUUUUUAUAUAAAGAAUAUUAUUGGAAAAUUACAUUUUGUUGUCUAAAAUUUUUUAUUGUAUAAUUUUAGUACCAAAUUUUUUCAAAGUUUACAUUUUGGUCCAAGACUUAGAUGUAAUUUGGAUGAUUGGAUCCAUGAAUUAAUCC